AUGUCGACCGCGAGCCCUAACCGACCCGAACAGCCAACAGUCGAAGGACAAAAGCGCGAUCCAGCUGUUGAUCCAGCCGCUUACAACAACUUCGUCACCGUCGCUCGUCUUACCCCUCGUCCAUCGAGCCCGCACCCACACCCAGACUCCUCAUCGUCGAUGCCCCAUCGCGUCGAGACAUAUUCAACCUCAGCUUCUCACUCUUCAUCACUCAAAGCCGCCUCUCGCCAAGCCGUUGCUCCUUCACCACCCAUGGCCAGUCUCCCACCACCUACUCCCAGCCCACGUCCGUCGUCGGCCGCUGGAACGUCCCCUUCUCAUCAUUCCCCACCCACAUCUGCCCCGGGCACUCCCCCAGUCUCCGCCUCCGCCCCGACAACGGGCGUUACGGCUUACCCAUACGACCCGCGCUAUCCUCCCCCACCCUACAUUUACGCCCCUCCCGGCACUUACCCACCCGCUCCAACCGCUCCGACUGCCAACGCCGCCGCUCCCAACGUUCCGAUUAUCCACACCGAUGACGCGGCCACGAAGCUGAGCGAUAGAGUUCGUCGACGUUGUUUUAACUGCUGCACAACCGAUACUUCGACUUGGCGUCGUUCUAAUUUGAGUCCCGGAAAAGUGCUGUGUAACAAGUGCGGACUUUUUGAACGCACACAUUCUCGCCCGCGUCCUGAGCAAUUCCCUCAUAAACGCGGCCCACUUGCAUCAUCGACUCUCCGUCGGUCUCCUCCCCAGCCAUAUCCCCCACCGCACGUUGCUCCGCCAACUGCUGCCCCCACAACACCAGCAGAACCAGCCGGCGCUGCUACGGCCACCAGUGUCAGCCACCCAGGGACACCAAAGGCCCCGCCGCCACCUACGCCACAAGUCGUCGAGUCCGCGGCGCGGAAGGACGAUGCUUAA